AUGGAUGACGACGAGCCAGUAGACCCCUUGACGGGAAUCCGUGCAACCUGCGGAGAGACCACGGCUUGCUCGGCGACGAUGAGCGAGUACAAGGCGUGUGUUGAACGGGUCACCAGCAAGGGCUUCGGCACGUGCGAGCCAUGGUUCUUCGACUACAUAUCCUGUGUCGACAAAUGCGCCGCUCCCAAGAUCAUGAAAGCCACGAAGUGAUUGGACGCUCCGUGGCCCCUAGGCUUCGAGGGAGCAAGCAGCAGGCCUCCUCAGCACUACAAUACUUACGCGAGCCGCGCGGCGGCGCGCGCGGGGGGGGGUACUCGGUUCCAGGGUGGCGGGGUUUAGUUGGGCUAGUCGGCGUGUGUUGGUUUCCUGAAUGGGCACACGCUGGGUAUAGUUUGUAGCAUGCGGGAGCCACGGCAGUCGUUCGGCUGAUGGCGGGGGGGGGGAGGGGAAGGGCUGCAGUUGAGGAUCAUCAACCAUUUGUUUUGCCCCGUGACCCGGCACCCUGCGGGACAAUGGGAUGAGAUGUGGUAUGGUUCUUUUUUCUGGAGCGCGGGAGAGAAAAAGAUGAUAGGGCGGGUUUUAAAAAGGGGCACCCGCCAGCGUGGGGGACGCCCGCGAAACAGAGGGCAAGAGUUUGUUUGA